UAAAAUGAGUCUAAUUGGGGAGAGAGAGGAGGGGAACACUGCCUCCAGAAUUACCCAAGACACCAGUUCGAAGAGUGUCCAGAAGCCCAGAGCAGAGUCACCUACAACCAGCCUGCUAUCAAUGAGGAGUGAUCAGCCACCUGCUUUCAGCCAGGAACCAUUACCAGAUGACAAUAAGGAAGUGGAGAGUUUGGACAGUGAGGAUGUAUUAAAGAUCACACACAACCUUUUGGACAGAAGAAGUCAAACUCUGCUGACAGUCCAACAAGACAUUAAGGCUAAACUGAAACACAAGUAUCAACACAUAUCUGAAGGAAUUGGACACCAUGGAAACCAAAGUCUGUUCAAGGACAUCUACACAGAGCUCUACAUCACAGAGGGUGGAAGUGGAGGGGUCAGUAAUGAACAUGAGGUUAGACAGAUAGAGAUGGCAUCCAAGAAACUAACCACACAAGAGACACCAAUCAAAUGCAACGACAUCUUCAAGCCUUUACCUGGACAAGACAAACCAAUCAGAACUGUGCUGACAAAAGGAAUCGCAGGCAUUGGAAAAACUGUCUCUGUGCAGAAGGUCAUCCUUGACUGGGCAGAGGGAAAAGCAAAUCAGGAUGUUCAUUUCAUGUUUCCUCUUCCUUUCCGUGAUCUGAACCUGAAAAAGGACCAAUACAGUCUGAUGCAACUUCUUUCCCACUACUUCUCAGAGCUGAAAGAGAUUGACAGCAUUGAAGAUGGUGAAACCAAAACUGUUUUCAUUUUUGAUGGUCUGGAUGAGUGUCGACUUCCUCUAGACUUUAAAAACAAUGAGAAGUGCUGUGAUGUCACGGAGCCAACCUCAGUGGACGUGCUGCUGACAAAUCUCAUCAAGGGGAAUCUGCUUCCCUCUGCUCUCAUCUGGAUAACCUCAAGGCCUGCAGCAGCCAAUCAGAUCCCUCCUGAGUGUGUUGACCAGGUGACUGAGGUACGAGGGUUCAAUGAUCCACAGAAGGAGGAGUAUUUCAGGAAGAAAAUCACAGAUCAGAAUCUGGCCAAUGAAAUCAUCAAACACAUGAAGACAUCAAGGAGCCUCCACAUCAUGUGCCACAUGCCAGUCUUCUGUUGGAUAUCAGCCACUGUCCUUGAGAUGAUGCUGAAAGAGGCAGAGAAGGAUGAAGUCCCCAAAACUCUGACCCAGAUGUACUCACACUUCAUGAUCCAAAUCAUUGUGAAGAACAGGAAGUACAACAAAGCCACAGAGACAAACCCAAAGGAACUGUCUCGGUCAGACAAAGAGUUGAUCCUGAAACUGGCAAAGCUGGCUUUCCAACAGCUGCAGAAGGGCAACCUGAUCUUCUAUGAGGAGGACCUGAGAGAGUGUGGCCUUGAUGUCACAGAGGCAUCAGAGUACUCAGCAUUGUGUACAGAGAUCUUUAAAGAAGAAUCUGGGCUGUACCAAGACAAGGUCUACAGCUUUGUGCAUCUGAGCAUUCAGGAGUUUCUAGCAGCAGUGCAUGCUUUAGAAUCAUGUCUGGACAAGAAGGAAAAUGUUUUCUCCCCCAAAGCAGUCACUAAGGGUCAAGAUUAUUAUGAAAACAGCCGAUUCAAAUUCUGGUCAAUCGAUGAUAAUGAUUCCGAUGAUGAUGAUUCCGAUGAAGACAAAAAGGAUGACAAUGAUGAAGAGGAGUCAAUCCAGUUGUCUGACUUACACAGGAGAGCAGUGGACCAGGCCUUGAAGAGUGAGAUUGGACACCUGGACCUGUUCCUCUGCUUCCUUCUGGGUCUCUCACUGGAGUCCAAUCAGAAUCUGUUACGAGGCCUUCUGACACAGACAGGAUGUACCACACAGACCAAUGAGGAAACAGUUGAGAGAACAGUCAGGUACCUUACAGACAACAUCAACCAGGAAUCCUCACCAGAAAGGAUCAUCAACUUGUUCCACUGUCUGAAUGAACUUGGUGCCAACUCUCUAGUUGAAGACAUGCAGACCUCGCUGCGUUCAGGAACUCUUUCAGAAACAGAGCUAAAACCUGACCAAUGUUCAGCCCUGGCCUACCUGUUACUGAUGUCAGAGGAGGUGCUGGAGGAGUUUGACCUGAAGACAUACAACACAUCAGAGAAAGGUUAUCAGAGGUUGCUGUCGGUAGUGAGAACCUGUAAGAGAGCACUACUGGAAAGCUGUAAACUCACAUAUAAAUCCUGUGAGACUCUGACCUCAGCUCUGCAGACACCAAACUCCCCCCUGAGAGAACUGGACCUCAGCUACAAUGACCUGGGAGACAGAGGAGUGGAGCUGCUCUGUGUUGGACUAACCAGUCCACUCUGCAACAUACAGACACUAGUUCUGGGUCAGUGUGGUCUGACAGAGGGUACCUGUUCUGAUCUGGCCUCAGUCCUGAGUUCACCCAGCUCACAACUGAAACAACUGGAGCUGAGAGACAAUGACCUGCAGGACUCAGGAGUUACGUUGCUGUCUGCUGGACUGAAGGAUCCAGACUGUAAACUACACACACUGGGAUGCCUGUCAUCUCACCCUGGACCCAAAUACAGCAAACACAUACCUGAUACUGUCUGA